GUUUGGGCAUCCAUGAACUUGGACCACCAUCCAAAGGCUAGGAACUUCUGGUCGGCUGUUUUGAUAUCUUUGAUAGUCCCAACCACCACAGUGCAACCGGAUAGCUCAACCACCACCACACUGCAACAGGAGUAGCUAGCAUGCCAACCUCUGCCGUCUUUCCAUCUCAACCGCCGCUCACGAAGAUGCGAGACAAAUUUGUGCCUCAUGAUCAACCGCCAGAUCAGAGGUCUUUAUCCGUUCGUCGACCGGACAACUCCGUAGUCAUAGAUUCGAAACAAUUGCAACACAUCAAAUCUUUGGCCAAACCGGAAAGGCUCGACGGCCAAAAGCGGUACUCCUUCCAAAAGCAGAAAAAUGACCUGCAUGAGAAAUCUCUGCAAAGAGUAAAGGGUUGGGGAAACACAAUACCAGGAAUGCGACGACAGCGCUUAGCUGCCAAGGAGGAGCGAAUGACAAAGCUGGAGGAAGAACGUCAGCGAAUAGAUGCGGAAUGGGCCCGUGUAAAGGCAUCAGAGCGCAACGCUGCUAUCGAAAGGGCGAAGUACCUUCGCCGUAUCGAGGAGCCACGCGUGAAGCAGAUGACAUCGGCAUUGCUUCUGGCGAACGUUUUACAGGAACGAGAUGAGCAACUGGCAGCCAGAGAAGAGCAGGAUCAGCAACAAGACGCCAGACAAAAUGCCGAUACAGAUUAUUUACUCCAUAUCGAAAAUGACGCGAUUAAUGCUGAGAAGAAGGAACGCCUGAAGCAUCGCAUACAGGCGUUGGAAACAGCAGAAGAACAGAAACGACAAGCGCUUGAAAAGCAAAAGGAACUCAAUAACAGAAAGAGGGGCCAGAAAGUCGUCGUGCAACGACAGUCAUCUCAUGGUCCAAUUACAGAGGAAAUUACAGAGAGCGAGGCUCGGGCGAGGGAACUUGAGGCAGAGCAAGCAGCAGAGAAACAGAAAAAGGCUAUAGAGCGGGAGAAAAAGAGGGCGAGGGACAAAGAAGAGCAAAAGGCCUUGGACCAAGCUGUCCAAUUGCACAAAGAGGAAAAGCGCAAGAAGGCAGCGGAGGAGCAAAAGGCGCUGGAGGAAAAUGCGAAGUUUGCGGAGAUGAAGCAGUUAUUCGACGCUCGCCGCAAAAACGCACAGCUGGAAAUCGUCCAACAACGGCAGCAUCGAACGGAGCUGGCAGCUCGGGUAGCCGCAGAGGAGGCGGAAAAGAAGCGUCAAAAAGUUGAGGCAUUCUACGACAGAAUCCUGCAUGGCGCGGACGGAUAUUGGGAGAAACGAUUCUCGGACGACCAAAACAAGCGGGACAAGGCUUUGCACGAUGUCCACACGUUUCAGGCGCAGCAUGAUAAGGAAGUGCGGGAGAAAAGGCAGCAAGAGAGACGAGCGGCCGUGAAUAUGCGGCACCACCUUGAGGAACAGGACAUCGAGGACAUGAAACAAGCAGAAGAGAGGAAGCAUGCCGCCCAAGAAUCCCUGACCAAGUUGAAGGUGGACCACAAAGUUGAAAUCCAACGACACGAACAAAAGCGCGCUGAACAAGCCGCUCAAGAGCGGGCGGCCGAACUGGCUGCACUGGAGGCAGUCAAUGCUCAUGAUGAAGAAUUCGAGAAGGAGGCUCUCGACCUUAUUCAUGAGUGGCAGAACGCGGGGAAAGAUGUCCGUCCUCUCCUCCGUGUCUUGCGUCAGGAGCGCAGCGAGAGGAAAGGCAUCCCAAAGAAUCCAACAUUGCCUGGUGGCAUGAGGCUCACAGACACCUUCUCAAGGCUCGGCAUGGGCACUAUCUGAGCGCUGCGGGAACUUUCAUGCGAGCAGUAGCUACGCUAGUUAGGAUAAGGGCUUUUCAAUUUCAUAGACUUAGUAGCAGCAUAGCAUUUAUUCGUAGGGGUAAUUUCAUGAGGCAUUCACAUCUUUUUUGAUAACAUGUGGGGGGGGGGGGGGG